UUCUUUUUUUUGAAAAUGGCGCCCAUUCAGAUGGAAAAGUCCUACGUGAAAGUCUCCUCCACACCCGCUGCAAAAUGCUCUCGGCAGGCAGUGUCAAGCAGCAGAUCGUGGGAUGUGAUCCUUCCUAUCAGUCGCAGAGGAAGCUUCUUCCAAGACUCGUUUUUCUCUGACAUAUACAAGGAUUUUGACUCCUCCGUCAGGGAGGUGUUGGCCAGAUGGAGUGACGAAGAUUUGAAAGUGAAAGACUUCCGCCGGGAUGAUAUUAUGGACCGUUACAGACAGCUUCGAUCUCGUAACCUAAAUGAAGGGAACCAGGCUGUCACAGUCACAUCUGACAACACAAGUCAUAAGAUUGUGCUGGACGUGCAUGACUUCAUGUGUGGAGAUGUGAGAGUGAAAGUGUUGGACGAGGAGGAGUUGUUAGUGGAAGGACACGUGGAGAAGAAGGAGGAAGGAAGCUCAUCCGUCUCGUCACACUCCUUCAGACGCUACUUCUCUUUGCCUCAACACACAGACAUGACAGCGAUUACGUCCGUCAUGUCUGCAGAUGGUAUCCUCACAGUCACUGCGCCAAAAAUAAAAACAGAAAUGACAAAGGAAAAUGCAAUCAGUCAAACUUCCGCUUCGAAUCAUGAGAAAGUCGGCGAAACACGAAAACAAACAGCCUCUGAACACUUGUCUUCUACACGAAAAGAAAGCUGUUCGUGUGAUCUUGGUUUCAAAAGAACAGCUGAUUCCUCUGGGUUUGACUGCGGUUCGUGGGACACAUCCUUGCCCAUCACUCGAAGAGGAGGCUUCUUCCAGGACUCCUUCUUCUCCGGUACACAUCGCGACUUCGAUGCCUCCAUCAGGAAGGUCCUCAAUGGCUGGAAUGACGCCGAUCACCAGCUGGCGGACUUCUGGGACGAUGACGACUUCCACCGCAGCGACAGAUUGGGCCGCUACAGACAGCUUCGAUCGCGGAACCUGUGGAGUGACAACCAGGCCGUUACAGUUACUUCAGAUAAUAUUAGUUAUAAGAUCUUGGUGGAUAUGCAUGACUUUGUGGAUGGAGAUGUGAAGGUGAAGUUGAUGGGCGAGAAGGAGCUGUUGGUGGAGGCCCAGUCGGCCAGGUCCUCGCACACCUUCACACGCACCUUUUCCUUGCCUGAGUCCAUUGACAUAACGUCCAUCACGUCUGUCAUGUCGUCAGAUGGCAUCCUUACAAUCACUGCGUCCAAGAAGGAGAGUGAAACACAACAGAAGAUUACUGUCAUCCCCAUUAGUGUCAAGGAAACGCAUAAUGCUUCAGAAGUUCACAGCUCAACUUCCUCGACGACCUCGGGAGUUUCUGAGGAAACAGCAUCUGGCCAAGGAAUAUCCCACACAGCCCAAGAGGAGGAACGCAAAUACGCACGAUGCUUUCAGGAGAAUAUCGACGAGGACAAGACCCAAACUGCAACUUCCAAUAUCUCAAGCAACACCCAACAAUCAUUACAGAAGGAAUCGUCUGUCAUCACAGACUUUGCUUCCACAAGAAUUUCCGAUUCGCUGGGAGCUCAGAAAACUCCUGGGAAUAAGCAAGAAGACUCUUUGCCCAUCACGAAGAGAGGAAGCUUCUUCCAAGACUCAUUCUUCUCCGACAUACGCCAAGGCUUCGACGCCUCUGUCAGGGAAAUCUUGAAGAAAUGCAAUGACUCCGAUCUGACGGUGACAGACGAUGUCAGUCACAGUGACAUCUUGAGCCGCUACAGGCAGCUUCGAUCUCGAGACAUGAGGGAAGAGGACCAGGCCUUCUCCGUCACGUCAGACAGUGCUAGCCUCAAGAUCGUGCUUGACGUGUAUGACUUCAUGCGCGGAGACGUCAAGGUGAAAGUCGUAGACGAGAAGGAGCUGGUGGUGGAAGGACGCGUAGAGAAGGAGGAAGGAAGUUCAUCCGUCUCGUCACACUCCUUCAGACGCCGCUUUUCCCUGCCUCACCGCACUGACAUGACACACAUUACUUCUGUCAUGUCUUCAGAUGGUAUCCUCACAAUAACUGCCCCUAAAACGGCAGGAGAACCACAGCAAAACACGCACGUUAACUUCUCCAUGACUGAGGAAAGGAAGGAAUCAACGGUUCAAGACUUAACACCCAAGGCACUCUCGUCCACGACGGAGAAAAAUAUCUCCGUUCACGAGAAUCUUGUCAAUGUAGAUCAGAAGGACUUUGAGUGCGAACAAAAACACAUGUACGAGAACAAGAUGAGAAAGCUGGAGAAAGAAUUUGAAUUUCCUGCUGAAUCCAAGGAAGUUUUAAAGGCCAAGAUCUGUCAAAAUCAGUCUGUGGAUGAGUCUACAACUGCAUCUGUCCAUGAACAUGGAAACGAUACUAAUAAUCAGGAUCAUGAACUCAAACGACUGACUGAAACAAUCAAAUCAACAAUCACUGAGAAAGCCUCUUGUGAUGACUUUAUUUCUGCCCAUGAAGAACAACAAACAUCCAUGCAAUCUGAAUCUGAGUCAACAGAUGCAAUCACACUGCGCGAGGAAAUCUUGCCCAUCACUCGAAGAGGAAGCUUCGUUCAGGAUUCCUUCUUCCUCGAUGUCCACCAAGAGUUUUACACUGCCAUCAGAGAGGUCCUGAAGAAGUGGGUUAGCGCAGACAAUGAGGACUUCCUUAGUCUAAGUCACAGCGAUAUUCUGAACCGCUACAGACAGCUUCGAUCCCGUAAUUUGAGGGAAGAAACUCAAGUCUCUAUCGUCACGUCCGACAACACUAGUUACAAGAUCGUGUUGGACGUCCAAGACUUCAUGAAUAGGGAUCUGAAGGUGAAGGUGGUGGGCGAGACGAAGGUGGUGGUAGAAGGACGUGUGGCGAAGAGAGAAGGAAGCUCAUCCGUGUCCUCAUGCUCCUUCCGACGCUGCUUCUCCUUGCCAGAGUAUAUUGACAUGGCAACCAUCACGUGCAUCAUGUCUUCUGAUGGCAUACUCACAAUCAUCGCUUCAAAAAUGACAGAAGAAUCGGAAGAAGACAAAGUGGUCAGCUCCAUUGAGGAAGUUCAAGAAUCCUCUGAAGUUCAACGCUCGGUAUCCCCAACUAAUGAAACAAUCUCUCUCCAUGAGGAAUGUGAAAAGGCAAGCAAAGCCACAUAUGACUGCAUGGAUUCUAUGGCAGAAGAUACCAGCAUUGAGUUCGAAGAUGUAAAGACUCCACUCUCUGAAGAAAUGUGUCACUCAGUGAAAUCUGAGACAGCUCAACAGUUCCUUCUGUCGACUGAUUCUGCAGCAACAUCGAGUCAUGAUACUGAUUUCGGCAUUGUAGAAACUCAAAAUCAGAGCAAAGACACUAUUGGCACACUAGAAUCUAUUGUAACUGAAGAAGCGAUGGCUGAUGAUUCAGCUUCUGUGUCUUACUCUGAGUCUGCAGAAAUUACAGAAGCUUCCCUAUGUCGCCGAAGUUCGAUUGGCUUGAAUGAAACGUUUGGUGAUAAUUCUGAAUCACGUGACUUUGGAACUUCCCAGGAUUCUCUUCCUUCUGUCAUUCCCGAAGAAGAAAACGAAUCUGAAACUGUUGGAGUCCUUCAUCUUGAUGACUCCCAACAGGCAAUUGAAAAUCUUGACCUGCACUGACUCACAAGAAUCUGUUAGCAUUCUUGAUGCAAAGGAUUCAGAAGCUGUUGAAAUACUUGAUCUGAAAGACUCACAGGAAUCUGCUGACAUUCUUCAAGUGAAAGGUUCAGAAGCCGUUGAAAUUCUUGAUCUGACAGACUCACAAGAAUCUGUUGACAUUCUUGAUACAAAAG